GACUCAAAAGUCAAAAGUUGUUAUAAAAUGACAAAAAUACCCCUAAAAACACCCCUUCCCUCUUCCCCUUUAAAUACUACACUCUUCACCUAGUUUCAUCCCUUUUCUCCUUCUACCUUCCCACCCACCCCCUCUAUAAGAAUUUUUCCGAUCAUGUUGUCCACUAUUCUGUCCUCCGACGGGCUUUUUCCGAACACCUUCCCUUCUUUUUACGAUGAUUUCACUCAAUGGGAUUGCACCGAACCGACUUCUACAUUCCCUAAACAAGGGGUAGAAUUGGUAUUUUCACCAACGCAAUCCCCAACCCCUGAACCGGUAAUUUCACAUGACUCCGGUUCAGGCUUUGACAAAUCUAAACCCGAUUCACCUAACGAUAGCCCGAAUUCUGGGUUUGAUGAUUCGGCUGAGCGGAAACGAAAGCGUAUGAUAUCGAACCGUGAAUCAGCCAGGCGAUCCCGCAUGCGUAAGCAAACACAUUUGGAGAACUUGAGGAACCAAUCGAACCGGCUUAAACUUGAAAACCGGGAUUUAACGAACCGGAUUCAGUUAAUAACCGGUCAUUACCAACUAGUCGAGAGAAACAACGAGAUGCUACGAGCCGAAUCGAUUUUCCUACAAGAAAGACUCAAAGGCAUACGUGACUUCUUAAUCACAAGACAACUUCAACAGCAAUUGUACAAUUCCGCCUUUGCAUGGCCAUGCAAUAAUUUAUACGUGGAACAAAGACCACAUAUGAUUAAUCAACCAAUAAUAAAUCAUCAAUAAAAUAUAUUUUGUGAGAGGGAGCAUCUUCGAAUCUAUGUUGUUCAAACAUUUUAAAAAUGUUAUCAUAUCUGAUAAAUUUUUAAAGAACAUCUAAACCACUAUAUACCUCAAACAUGGACGGAUAGAUGGACCAAAAGAGAUUUCUUUCUCAUUCUCUAUCUAUUCCUUGUAAAUUAGAAGAUGUUAAUAGAAUAAAAUCUCUAUAGACUCUAGGAUUUUUUGAGGUUGUGGGAAACCAAAUGGUGGUUUCAUUUUUUAAGCAAAAAAACCAGUCAUUAUGGUGUGUACUACAAGACUUUAUGUAUUGUCUAAUUUGGCUUUAUUCUAUAAAUUAUACUAGUCUUCUUUUUUUGUCUUUAUA